UGUUUUUUUUCUUCAUUUUUGAGCUCUUCAAGAAUUUGACCCUUCUUCUCCUCUUCUUCUUUUCUUUCUGGCCUCCUCAUAUAAACUAGUAUAUGCUGCUUCUUCUACAUGCAUAAACCGCUAUUUAUCUUCUUCUAAAGUUUACCUUAAGGGCUUAGGAGAUCUUUGUGAUCAUUAAUCAUGGGGUCUAUGAAUUUGUUGGGGUUUUCUCUCUCUCCUCAAGAACACCCUUCGAGUCAAGAUCACUCUCAAACGGCACCUUCUCGUUUUGGCUUCAACUCUGAUGGAAUCUCAAGCACUGAUGUAGCAGGAGAAUGCUUUGAUCUCACUUCUGACUCAACUCCUCAUUUACUCAAUCUUCCUUCUUAUGGCAUAUACGAAGCAUUUCACAGAAACAAUAAUAUUCACACCACUCAAGAUUGGAAGGAGAACUACAACAGCCAAAACUUGCUAUUGGGAACUUCAUGCAACAACCAAAACAUGAACCACAACCAACAACAGCAACAACAACAGCCAAAGCUUGAAAACUUCCUAGGUGGACACUCAUUUGGUGAUCAUGAGCACCAAACAUACGGUGGUAACUCAGCCACAACAGAUUACAUGUUUCCGGCUCAGCCGGUAGCGGCCAGUGGCGGUGGCAGUAGUGGUGGCGGCGGCAGUAGUGCGAACAAUAGUAACUCGAUAGGGUUGUCAAUGAUAAAGACAUGGUUGAGGAACCAACCCCCACACUCAGAAAACAACAAUGAAAGUGGUGGCAAUAGCAAAAGUAGUGUGCAAACACUAUCACUUUCCAUGAGUACUGGUUCACAAUCAAGCUCAUCGUUGCCCCUUCUCACUGCUGGUGUGGAUGGAGAGAGUUCUUCAGAUAACAAACAACCACUAACCACAGUUGCACUUGAUACCACACAAACUGGAGUCAUUGAAACUGCACCCAGAAAAUCCAUCGACACGUUUGGACAAAGAACUUCUAUAUACCGUGGUGUAACAAGGCAUAGGUGGACAGGGAGGUAUGAGGCUCACCUGUGGGAUAAUAGUUGUAGAAGAGAGGGACAAACUCGCAAAGGAAGGCAAGUUUACUUGGGAGGUUAUGACAAAGAAGAAAAGGCAGCUAGAGCCUACGAUUUGGCAGCACUAAAAUACUGGGGAACAACUACAACAACAAAUUUUCCUAUUAGCCACUAUGAGAAAGAGUUGGAAGAGAUGAAGCACAUGACUAGACAAGAGUACGUUGCGUCGUUGAGAAGGAAGAGUAGUGGGUUUUCUCGCGGUGCAUCCAUUUAUCGAGGAGUAACGAGACACCAUCAACAUGGUAGAUGGCAAGCAAGGAUCGGAAGAGUUGCAGGCAACAAGGAUCUCUACUUGGGAACUUUCAGCACUCAAGAGGAGGCAGCAGAGGCAUAUGAUGUUGCAGCCAUAAAAUUCCGAGGACUGAGUGCAGUUACAAACUUUGAUAUGAGCAGAUACGACGUUAAGAGCAUUCUUGAGAGCACCACUUUGCCAAUUGGUGGUGCUGCCAAGCGUUUGAAGGACAUGGAGCAAGUGGAACUGGGUGUGGAUGGCCAUAGAGAUCAAGAAGAUCAUAGCAUUAUGAACUCUCACAUCACUCAAGGGAUCAGUAACAACUAUGGAGGAGCAACAACUUAUCAUAACUGGCACAAUGCUCUUGCAUUCCACCAACCUCAACCUUACACCACCAUACAUUACCCUUAUGGACAGAGGCAAUGGUGCAAGCAAGAACAACAAGACACUUCUGAUGCCUCUCACCCUUUGUCUUAUCCAGAUGUUCAUCAACUUCAGCUAGGGAAUAACAGCACUCAUAAUUUCUUUCACUCAAAUUCAGGGUUGCACCCUAUGAUGAGCAUGGAUUCUGCUUCCAUUGACAAUAGCUCUUCAUCUAACUCGGUUGUUUAUGAUGGUUAUGGAGGUGGUGGUGGUGGGGGAUAUGUGAUUCCUAUGGGAACUACUACUACUGUUGUUGCAAGUGAUGGUGAUCAAAGUCAAAGAAGCAAUAAUGGUUUUGGUGAGAAUGAGAUGAAGGCACUUGGUUAUGAAAGUGUUUAUGGUUCUAAUGAUGCUUAUCAUGCACAUGCAAGGAACUUGUAUUAUCUUUCCCAACAGCAACCAUCUUCUGUUGAUGCUGUGAAGGCUAGUGCAUAUGAUCAAGGUUCUUCAUGCAACACUUGGGUUCCAACUGCUAUUCCAACUCUUGCACCAAGGUCUACUAGCAUGGCUCUUUGCCAUGGUGCUCCACCCUUCUCUUUAUUGCAUGAAUAGGUGGAAAAUUAGGGAGAAGUAGAGUCACCAAGGUGUUCAUGAAAAAUUGAAAAUGUUGCAGAUAUUGCUGACUAUCUUUAUCCUCUUAUUAAGUUGCUAAUUUGAUAGUGUGCACUUUUGAAGAUGAGGAUAUAUAGGGUUUCUUUCACCAUCUCUAACUUGCAUAAUCUUUAUUAGGGUCUAAGUAAUCUAGCCUCAAGUUUAGUCAUGGCAGAACAAUAUAUUUGCUGUGAAUUUUGGGAAUUAACUUCAAGAAUAUAAUAUGUGGACAGAUCAUUGGGAAG